CCUAAAAGAGGUCCUUUUUCUUGGUGACGUGUAUCCUUGAUAGAGAUAUGUGAAACUAAACGAAACGGAUGACAAAACAUUGCAUAACUUUCUAUUAGAGGCUUUUUUUCUUUUUCUGUUUUGUUUACCGUGUUUUUGGUAGCACAUUUAACGGUCUCUGAAAAUGGACAUGCUUUACCAUCAGACCAAUAAACAAAUUCAGGAGGUUCAGUCUCAGAUGGGACGACUGGAGACAACAGAUCGACAGUCAGUCCACUUAUUUGAGAAUGAACUUCAAGCCAGAAUUGAUCAGAUCUUUAAUCAGCUGGAGCGACUCGAGAUACUAGCCAGUAAAGAGCCACCAAACCGCCGCCAAAAUGCCAAACUGCGUGUUGAUCAGUUAAAGUAUGAUGUGCAGCAUCUUCAGACAGCCCUGAGGAACUUCCAGCACAGACGUUACGCUCGCGAGGCUCAAGAGAGAGAAAGAGAGGAACUCAUGAGUCGAAGCUUCACAACAAAUGAUCAAGACACCUCCAUCCCUAUUGAUGAAACCCUGCAGUUUAAUAGCAGUCUACAAAACGCUCACAGAGGAAUGGACGACCUGCUGGGCUCAGGCUCCAGCAUCCUAAACGGCCUGAGAGACCAGAGGAGCACACUUAAGGGUACCCAUAAAAAGAUGUUGGACGUCGCAAACAUGUUGGGUUUGUCGAACACGGUCAUGCGUUUGAUUGAGAAGCGAGCGACACAGGACAAGUUCAUCAUGAUGGCUGGAAUGCUCGCUACUUGCUUUGUCAUGUUCCUGGUGGUUAAAUACCUUAGUUGAACUUUCCCAACUUUAGGCGACCUUGCUCCUUGAUCCUGUCAGUGACCCAUUCCGGUUUUCAUGCCCCUUGCAUCACAUCUGUAAAAAUUGCAGAGGUGUGUUAAAGGAAAUCACACAACUGUUUCAUUGCAGGAUGCCUGUCAGUCUCAUCUUCACAAAUCUUUUUUUGUGUCUAUUCUUUCUUCAUCUACAGUACUUUGAAAGGCAUUGAGUCCUUUAACUCUCAAAUAAGCAGUUUAAACAUUUGUCUCUGCUAAAGAUCAGUCCUCCUGUAGCUCAGGUGGUACAGACAGCAAAUAGUAAUUAAAAUGUACUUUUAACAUUGUGUAGAGAAUUGGUCUGUUAUCUGGCUUUUCAUCGCCAUCUUUUGGAGAACAAACCUAAAAAUGUUUGGUCAUUCAGUCCUGUGGUGGUUUUGUACUGUACUGUACACCUGUAAAUACAAAUUCUCAGACCUUUUUGUGCUAUAAACUCAUCAUCCAUAUACAUCCAGCUGCCCUCAAAUGUAAAACUAGUUUUAUACUGUUAAACUGUCCUUGCCUGGAUCUAAGCAGAAGCCACGGCCCCUGGCGAACAGGAAAUGAGAUGUCUUAUUGGACAUCUGCUGCAUGGAUCUUGACGCUCUGUGUGUGCACAUUCACACAUGCUCAGGACCCCUGCAGCAUAAUCCCCAACAAUGUCCCCCUGGAACAGUCACAACAUUUAUGCUUUUGCCACUGUUGACAGGUUUGUUGACCAAGAUGAAAAAGAUACCAUAAUGUGACAUCAGGUCUUAAUACAGGCUUAAUUGCUUGUUACUUUAAUUAUUUGUUCAUAAUAAUGCUCAAUAAUAAUGUUCUUGUUUUUGAAAAAGUGUGAAAAUGAGAUAAAAAAUUAUGU